AUGAUGAUGAAAUGGGAACUCCAUUCUGGUGUGUACUGUGCAAUUGUUGAUGGCUCGUUGAUGGAAAUUGGAGAAAAGUUCACAGAUGAAGAAUUGCUUCCUUUCCUUCCACUUCUUGCAAGCUGUCUUGCCCAUCCGUCUCCCAGUGCGUCGAAAGUGUUCCUCUCAAAGAUUUGCUCCCUUGCAAUCAAAAGUGGUCUCAUGCCGUAUCUCACAUUGGACUACACAAGUCUCGAGAGCGAUAUUAUUUUCGUGUCGAAAGCAGGCGGAAGUGAUGGUUUUGCAAAUCUUGAUCCAGCUCAGAAGUUGACAACAUUAUGUCAAGCUCUCCAAAAGGAUGAUUCCUCCAAUCCAGAAGAGUGGCUACUGCCGUGCUUGUGCGAGGAUAAUAUCGAGGAGCUAGGAUGGUUGUUAUCGUUGAUACUGCUUCAUAUGCCCACUAUUAUUUCUAUCGAAGAAUUGGCAUCGAAACUGCUUUGCUUGAAAGAUGGAUCCGAUCUUUUAACUCAGGUUGUGGCAAACGUGUCCGAAAUGUAUCUCCCCCUGGUUACACAUCUAUUUGACAUGGCUCCUGCUGAUCAGGUUGUUUCAGCGGCUCGCCUAACAACUAUCACCAAUCUUGUCGCACUGAAUCCUCCACUGUCACACUCAAUUCUUGAUAGAAUGGCAGAGAUGCGCAAGGAAUGUAUGUUUGCUACUCGAGUCGUCUGUGAGCGGCUUGAUGACAAAGCGGUUUGCUAUUUUCUGAGAACUCAUCUGCUCGAUCGAAAAGGACUGGUCUCUGCAAUGAUCGGCAAGAGCGCUACUAAGCACACAGCUGCUGUUGUUCUGAAUCGUUUAUUGUCGAUGAUCUCUUCUGCAGUCAGCAAUCAACUGAGCCUAUGCUGGAUCUACUUGUUCUCGAUAAUUUGUCUGUAUCAUCGUUGCGGAUUGAAGCUACCACCAUCGGACCUCACUACAAUAACAAGUUUCAUCUGUCGACGUCAUAUCCCUUGCGAUGGCUAUCUCACCGCAGCUUUAGCUGCGCUCAUUGCAACUCCGACGCUUACAUUCUCCAUGAGUGUUCCUGUAGCGCUGAGCUACCAGGUAGAACCCCAUAUUUCCAUUUGGUUCGAGUGGUUGCGAAACGAGACUGAAAAAGGUUCUCGACAAGCGCUUGCAAGGGAUCUGCUUUAUGUUGGACUAGGCAUCGUUGCCGGACGCUCAGAUGCUAUUUGCUCCUACUUUCGCGGAAACUCUUCGGUGUCCAUUCAUCAGCGGCAUAUGGAGCAGUGGAAAACUCUUUUUACGAACUCGUGCCUUUCUGAAGCGGAUGUCACUGCGAGAUGUGCAACGUUGCCAAUAACCCCAUCUCUGUCGUCAUCUUCUGGAAACAGAUUGCCUAUUCAUGCUAUGGCGGAGUUAAUGUCAGCAAAUGCAUUCACGAAACACAAUGUUGACAUAAGUGCCUGGAUGCAAAAUCAACUCUUGGAACUGUCGUUGCCGAUGCACCCACAGCUACCUGAACUGACCUUGCGCGUUGCUAUAGAAUCAGCACAGAAAAAUCUUUCUGGGUUGUCGAAUGAAUUUGUUGAGAUUUACACAAACGAUGUCUACAUGCGUCUUCCUAUUCGUUAUUUGUUAAGUGUUAUGGAAGUUCGAUAUGACGAUUUCGCCAAGGCAAGAAGUCACGUAGAGAACUUCGGUGAGCUCCUAUGUUCCUCAGAUUUUGCGGUAGCUAUGAAGACUGCUCACCGUCUCGAUGCAGCUCCUCUUACUGACCAGGUCCGGUUGAUUCCCAGUCUAGCCCGAGCUUUCUUGUAUUCUCUCGAUUCUAUUCCCCAUUCGUAUAUUGAAAUAAUAACUGGUAUUUGGAGCAGACUCGAGAAUGUUGUUCCGCGUAUGCUGUAUGAGGCGUAUUUUCUCGUCGCCAGCCCACUUCGCUUGUUUUCUGAGGAUGGUUUCAUUUUACGACCAAGCUUGUCGCAUACAGCUCAUGUCACAAGUGCAGAAUUCAUCAUCGACGAAGAUGAAGAGGAUCGCGCUUCACGGGAUGUUCUAGCCCAUGCGUUUGAUCAUUCUCAAACUUCGGUUCUAGUUCAAGUUUUGAUUGAAGUCAGUGACGCAAGGAGGAUGAACGAUGAUCCACGGAACAGCAGUGCAAUAGCACGCCGAUGCGAAGUAAGAAAGCUGGCCUGUGAAUUCAUCCAUCAGAUGUUUAUUCAAGACAAGAACUUGAUGAAGCUGGUUCUUUUCCAGUAUCGACUGCCUGAAUCAGCUGUUUCAUUGAACUUGGUCAUUGAUACCCUGAACAGCCUGCUGAAGUUCACUCAAAUGCCAGGAAACCACGCCCUUUUCACUGCCAUAACGCCAUCAUUAGGACAUAUUGUACCAGUCUUCCCACAACUUGCACCUUUGGUAUCCGCACUUAUGCUACGGAUCUCUUCUGUAACUCGUGCACAACUGGCGAUGAACUGCCUGGAUGCUCGCCCUCAAGGCAGUCGUGAGCGGCGACUCGCUAAUACUGUCGAACGGGUUCUCAGCUCACGAGUAUUUAUCACGGAUUGA